AUGAGUGGAGAGAGGGAAACGUUGUUGGAUGGAAUCGAACAGAGUUUGUGGAAUUUAACCGAGAACAAUUUACGUUACCUGUGUGAACGUUGUGGAAUAGCUGGCCAAGAUGGCUCCGAAGUUAAAGGAAAGAAUUAUCGCUCGUUGCGUCGUAAAAUAGAAGAAUAUUGCGAAAGUGAUGAUUUAAUGAAAUUAGAGGACCAGGGAAUGUCUUGGUUACUGCAACUGCAAAACGACAUCAAAACAAUACAGGAAGAUGCUAUCCUCAGCCAGUCAGCGCAAGUGGACACACUGGACAGCACCGAACCAAGCAGAACCAAGAACGAGGAGGGCGCUGAGAGGUUGACAGACCCAGCUCCAGAGAGAGACAUAUCACCAGAACGGAGGGAGAAAGGGAGUGGCGUGAGUAUUAUUACUCACAAUUACUUGUCAGAUAAUUAUAGUAGAUCGGAAAACAGAUACAGAUUAGUUGGGCUUCAGCAGCCUAGAAUUCCAGGCUAGUUAGCCCGAUCUAGGAGCAUUUUAGCCUUUUAGAUCAUAACGAAUGAAUAUUAUAUAGAUAGGGUGCGGGACCUGAUCGUAGAGCAGUACACCUACUCUGAAACGCUUUAUGAAUAUAUGGGCCCAGAUCCUUAUAACUGUGUUAAGACUACACUGACACACACUCUAUUUUGUAUCGUAGGACUCAGAAGACCCAUCCAGACAGUCCCCACCCAGUUCUUCGGAACCCCAACACUCAGCGUCAUCACCGGAUCCUGACAAGAACCAUGGUGACCAGAGGUCAAAACUGGGUAGUCUGCGAAUAGUUCUACAAAAAGUUGUUGUCGUCAAGGAGGAGGAAGACGACUGGGAUUGUUAUGUUAGAGGUAAGUGAUUAGAUGAUUCAGGACAGGUGUGUUGAAAUAAGAUGUACUUUAAUGUCCAUUAAGCUACAGAGAACGAAAAUGUGUCUUUGUGUUAGUGCUGGGUUGAACGAAAGACUGCACACUGUAGGUAAUUACGCAAGCCUAGGGACAGGAGCCUAUCUCCUGUUUCUGUAACGGGAGGCAGCUUGAUGUACAAGCCUAGGGACUAACGGGAGGCAGCUUGAUGUACAAGCCUAGGGACUAACGGGAGGCAGCUUGAUGUACAAGCCUAGGGACUAACUGGAGGCAGCUUGAUGUACAAGCCUAGGGACAGGAGCCUAUCUCCUGUUUCUGUAACUGGAGGCAGCUUGAUGUACAAGCCUAGGGACAGGAUAUACAAGUACAGCCCCCUCCCGUCUCUGUCCCACAGGUGAGAGUCCCAACCAACCAUCUGCCAGUGAAUAUAAUCCCUCUUCAUCGGAAGAUCCUGAACAUUCCGAAUCCGAAGAUCCUGAACAUUCCGAAUCCGAAGAUCCUGAACAUUCCGAAUCAGAAGAACCUGAACAACGACGAGUGAAAGGCAAAACUAAGACUCACAGCUGCCUAGCGUGUGGGAGGAAGUUUGUCUCCUUGUACACACUAAGGAGACACCAGAAGAGGACACACACAGGAGAGGAGACAGAGAACAGGACACAUACAGGAGAGGAGAAGGAGAAGAGCAGCCUUCCCUCUGACAGUAAAGGACAGAGUCCUGCUUCAGGAGAACCUGAACAACAGAAGAGGAAAUGGGGGGUCAGGAAGACCCACUCCUGCCCCGAGUGUGGGAGACACUGCCCAUCCUUAUCAGCACUGAAGGUCCACCAGAGAAUCCACACUGGAGAGAAGCCUUACCUCUGCUCUGAGUGUGGGAAGGGCUUCACUUAUCAAAGUAGCUUGAGAUUACACCAGAAGAAAGACUCAGCGGACAAGAUUACCUGCUGCUGUGGACAAGAAUUCUCCUCAAAGUGUGUUCUGGAGGUUCACUUGAAGGUAGACACUGGAGCCAAGCCUUACACCUGCUGUGUGUGUGGCAAGGGGUUUGGUAAAAAAGAACGGUUAAAAGAACACCAGCGAUCUCACACGGGAGAGAUGCCUUACUCUUGCUCUUUCUGUGGCAAGGGUUACUAUCAAAAACCGGCUUGGAAAGCCCACGAGCGAACACACACCGAGGAGAAGCCCCUGUGCUCCGUGUGCGGACGGACCUUCUCCAAUAAGACUACGUUAAAAGUCCACCAGCGAACACACACAGGAGAGAAGCCUUUCCUCUGCUCUGAGUGUGGCAAGGGCUUCCUCAGUAAAGCAUACCUGACGACCCACCAGCGAUUCAACUGUUCUGGGGGAGAGGAACGACGGCGAGCAAAGAGGUUUCACAAGUGUCCGGACUGUGGGAAGGAAUUCACUCAAGCAAACAAACUGGAGAGACACAUGAGAACACACACAGGAGAGAGACCUUACCAGUGCUCUGUGUGUGGGAUGAGGUUCAACCAGAAAGGGAAUCUCAAAACGCAUUUUAAAGUGCACACAGGUGAGUGUCCUCCUUUACCAUUGAUACAUCAUGAUGGACUACUAGCAAACUGUCAGUGAUCAAAACCAUGUUGUUUACAACAUCUAGACCAUGUCUUAGUAGACUCAACCACACCUUAACAAUAACAUUGUUGCAUGUUGCAUUGUUUGAGUCCCAAAUGGCACCCGAUUCAUCUAUAGUGCACUACUUUUGACCAGCGCCCUGGGCCCACUGUCUGUCCGUCUGUCCAUCCGUCUGUGUGUCCGUCCGUCUGUGUGUCUGUCCGUCUGUAUGUCUGUCUAUACAGGAGGGGAUCCCAGUUUACUGGCUGACAUCGACAUGGAGGCGACUUCCUCUGAACAACCUCGGGACAACAGACGUAAAGCUGGGAGACCACAACGCUGUCUGGAUCAGCAUGACGAGGAGGGAACCCAUAACCCACCGGCACCAAAAACCCACAACCUACCGGCACCGCCGAGGGAGGGAACCCACAACCUCCCGGCACCGCCGAGGGAGGGAACCCACAACCUCCCGGCACCGCCGAGGGAGGGAACCCACAACCUCCCGGCACCGCCGAGGGAGGGAACCCACAACCUCCCGGCACCACAGAAACCCACCAUGUCCCCCAGGGGAGAAAAACACUAUCUCUGCCCUGAAUGUGGCAAGACUUACACCCGGGAAUACGACCUCAGAGUCCACCUCAGAACGCACACAGGAGAGAGACCGUACCAGUGUGACGAAUGCGGAAAGACCUUUGUCCGGAAACAAGGGCUCCGUCAACACCGGCGGUCACAUGCUCCCAAGCCCAUGGGACCGACCCGCCAGUUAGGCAGGCCCGUCAGCAUGGGAUCCAGUAGUAGAAGGUCUAACCAAUCUCCCAGGGUGGGAAGCUCUAAGCAGCAGUUAUCCAGGGUUGAUAAACCCAUGCCUCCAUACCCUAGUGUAGAGAGACCCAUGCCGUUCCAUACAGUGGAAAGACCCAUGCCUUUACAUCGAGUGGAAAGACCCAUGCCCUUACCAGACAUGGAGAGGGAACACUGGCAGUACUGGCACCUUUAAACACCAUGGCUAUGUCUUCAUCCCAAAUGGGAUUCUAUUCCCUAUAUAGUGCACUACUUUUAACCAGGGCUCAUUGGGUUCUGGACAAACGUAGUGCACUAUAAACCGAAUAGGGUGCCAUUUUGGGGACACCAUGUCUCUCAUGACUAAACAGAACUGUUCUUCUUGCUUCCGUUGUGUGUGUCUGUGUGCGUGCAUGUUGUUGCUUCCUCGUUUAUGAUCAGUAUAAUAAUCGUGCCCACUGUGCAAGAUAAUCAUGCCAACUGUAGUUGUAGUUCCGUACAUAUUUUAUAAACUAAAAUUAAGCGAUUGCAUUUUUGUCCUUUCUAGUGUUUAAAAAAAAUCUUAUUUUACUAAUUGAAGCUGUAAUGAUACAACAAAAUCCACUGUGGUCCAGUAAAUGAGUGAUGUCAUAAUGUCAUGGUCCAGUAAAUGAGUGAUGUCAUAAUGUCAUGGUCCAGUAAAUGAGUGAUGUCAUAAUGUCAUGGUCCAGUAAAUGAGUGAUGUCAUAAUGCCAUGGUCCAGUAAAUGAGUGAUGUCAUAAUGCCAUGGUCCAGUAAAUGAGUGACGUCAUAAUGCCAUGGUCCAGUAAAUGAGUGACGUCAUAAUGCCAUGGUCCAGUAAAUGAGCGUUGUGGAAACAAACCUUGGCUCUUUGUAUAUGCCUUAUAACAUUUGAUUUCAUUAACUGACUACAAGCAGAGAUGGCUAAAUUGUAAGAGACCACUCUCUUUCACAGCCACUGUUCUUCCGCAAGAGACUUCAUCUAUUGUCUUUACCCUCCAGCCCAGAUGGUGGCAGUGUGUGUGUUGCUUCCUCAUCUGUGAUCAGUACAAUAAAGUCCACUGUGUUGUGUAAAAUAAUCAUACCAACUGUAGUUGUCUUCCUGUGCAUAUUUUAAUCAACAAAAAUGAAGUGUUUGCAUUUUAGUCCUUGUGUUUUUUUAUAUAUAUAUAUAUAUAUAUAUGUAUGUUAUGUUACUUAUUGAAGCUGUCAUGAUACUACGAAAUCCACAGUGACUUGCAUGUCAUAAUGCCAUUGACCAAUAAAUUAACAUUGGGGGGGGGGAAAACGUAUUUCUCUCUUUAUUACCUUUUAUCUAUAAAAACAUUUGAUUUCAGAAACGAUCAGAUUGCUAUGUUGCAAGAGACCUGUAAUCUAUUGUCUUUAUCCUCCAGACCGCAUAGCGGCGCUAAAGCGUACUCAAACGACAACCUCAUACCAGAAGUCGGAAGACAGACAAGAGUUCGACAGUUUACCAAACUUCACUUAUAACACAUCAGCGUUCAAAACACUUAAGCAGAAAAAAAUAAUAAAAGACCGUUGCUUUUGAUUAAAUAGCAUCAGGCGUUGGUAUUUCCCAGCCUACAACCAACGAGACGCGAGGUUACGACCAACAACACUGCCAGUCAGCAUAAUAAAUGUACAACUAAACUAGCUUUCUAGGUAGUUAGCUCAGGGAUUCAUUCCCGUAGCUAUGGACGAGGUAAGAAUCUCAACGUGUGCUAGCCACAUCUCUUUUCUGCUCUGCAAACUGCUCGGUGGUUGCUGUACCAAAUGUUGUGGCUAGCUAGCAAAUCAAGUUGCUCAGUAUUUUAUAGAGUACAGUGAAUGGUAGCAACAUCAGUAUUAGCUAGGAAUGUUGUAGCUCGCUGAUAUGAUUUUGUUUUCUAGUAAGGUAGCUAGUUAACUGGCCAGCUAGCUAGGUGAAUGAAAAUCCAAUGAACAGUAGCUGGUGUAAUUAGGUUUACAUUGGUUGAUAUCAAAUCAAAUAUUAUUGGUCACAUACACAUAUUUAGCAGAUGUUAUUGCGGGUGUAGCGAAAUUAUUGUGUUCCUAGCUCCAACAGUGCAGUAGUAUCUAACAAUACACACAAAUCUAAAAGUAAAAUAAUGGAAUUAAGAAAUGGAUAAAUAUUAGAACGAGCAACGUUGGAGUGGCAUUGACUAAAAUACAGUAGAAUAGAAUACAGAAUAUACAUAUGAAAUGAGUAAAGCAGUAUGUAAACAUUAUUAAAGUGACUAGUGUUCCAUUAUUAAAGUGGCUAUGUAUCCAUGUCUAUGUAUAUAGGGCAGCAGCCUCUAAUGUGCAGGAUUGAGUAACCGGGUGGUAGCCGGAUAGCCUUGAGAUAGAAGCUGUUUGUCAGUCUCUCGGUCCCAGCUUUGAUGCACCUAUACUGACCUCGCCUUCCGGAUGAUAGCGGGGUGAUCAGGCCGUGGCUCGGGUGGUUGAUGUCCUUGAUAAUAUUUUUGGCCUUCCUGUGACAUCGGGUGCUGUAGGUGUCCUGGAGAGCAGGCAGUGUGCCCACGGUGAUGCGUUGGGCAGACCGCACCAUCCUCUGGAGAGCCCUGCGGUUGCGGGCGGUGCAGUUGCUGUACCAGGCAGUGGUACAGCCCGACAGGAUGCUCUCAAUUGUGCAUCUGUAAAAGUUUGUGAGGGUCUUAGGGGCCAAGCCGAAUUUCUUCAGCCUGUGUGGGCUAUUGCGCCUUCUUCACCACACUGUCUGUGUGGGUGGACCAUUUCAGAUUGUCAGUGAUGUGUACACCGAUAGUUGUUAAACCAGUUAUAUUUAGCUGGAAAGGUUUCUUUCAAAGAGAAGUUGUCUUUUCCAUAACAAGCAAAACAUUUGCCUUGCUAUUUACGAUGGUGUCUUAUUGCUAAAUCUACCUUUAAUAAUGUAACUAGCUAGUGUGUUGUUAAAACUGCACUGUCACUAUUCAUCAUAGGACUCUGAAGACCUGUCCAGCCUGUCCAUCCUGCUCCACUGAACCCCAACCCACGGUGUCCCCGAGUCCUGACAGGAACCAUGGUCACCAGGAGGACAGUAACCGUGGUGAUCAGAAAGACACACCGCAGGGUCAAGACGUCAACAGUGAAACACCAACAUUUAAUAUCGUAGUCAAAGAGGAAGAAGACUGGGAACUAGAUAAUACAGGUGGGUCGCUGGAGCCAGGCUAACUUGGGGUGAGUCCCAAAUGGCACCCUAUUCCCUAUAUAGUCCAUUACUCUUGACCAGAACCCUAUGGUUUAUAGGGUGCCAUUUGGGGAGCCAUCUUGGAUAGCGUUGCCAUAAAUCCUACAACAGGAGAAGCACAGGAGAAGUUGUAAAAUAAGGGAGAAACCCGGUAGGUAUGCAUAUGCACACUGAGUCUGACUCAGUCUCACUGACUAUAUCUGUCCUGUCUCGUCCCCACAGGAGAGAGUCCCAGCCAUCACUCUGCAGGCGAGGAGAAGCCCUCUACACCAGGAGAACCUGAACAACACCAGAUGAUACGCAGAACAAGGCAGAAAAAGACCCACCCAUGCCCAGAUUGUGGGAGACACUGCCAAACAUUAUCUGCACUACAAAUACACAUGAGAACCCACACAGGAGAGAAGCCUUACACUUGCCUUGUGUGUGAGAAAACAUUCACUAUUAGACAAGCUUUGAAAACACACCAGCGAACACACACAGGAGAGAAGCCUUAUACCUGCUCUGAGUGUGGGAAGGGCUUCGCUCAUCAAGAUAGUUUGAGAUACCACCAAAAGAGGAAUUCUGAACAGAUUAAAACAGACCCAGAUGACAAGUUUGGCUGCUGCUGUGGACAAGAGUUCUCCUCAAAGUGUGUUCUGGAGGUUCACUUGAAGACAAACACUGGAGCCAAGCCUUACACCUGCUGUGUAUGUGGCAAGAGGUUCAAUAAAGAAUCGUUAAAAGAACACCAGCGAUCUCACACAGGAGAGAAGCCUCACUCUUGCUCUUUCUGUGGCAAGGGUUACUAUCACAAACCGGCUUGGAAAGCCCACGAGCGAACACACACCGAGGAGAAGCCCCUGUGCUCCGUGUGCGGACGGACCUGCUCUAACAAGUAUACAUUAAAAGUCCACCAGCGAACACAUACAGGAGAGAAGCCUUUCCUCUGCUCUGAGUGUGGCAAGGGCUUCAUCAGUAAAGGACUCCUGAUGACCCACGAGCGAUUCAACUGUUCUGGGGGAGAGGAACGACGGCGAGCAAAGAGGUUUCACAAGUGUCCGGACUGUGGGAAGGAAUUCACUCAAGCAAACAAACUGGAGAGACACAUGAGAACACACACAGGAGAGAGACCUUACCAGUGCUCUGUGUGUGGGAUGAGGUUCAACCAGAAAGGGAAUCUCAAAACGCAUUUUAAAGUGCACACAGGUGAGUGUCCUCCUUUACCAUUGAUACAUCAUGAUGGACUACUAGCAAACUGUCAGUGAUCAAAACCAUGUUGUUUACAACAUCUAGACCAUGUCUUAGUAGACUCAACCACACCUUAACAAUAACAUUGUUGCAUCGAGUCUGUCUGUCUCAGUCUCUCUCUCUGUCCAUCUGUCUGUCUGCAGACCGGGAUCCCAGAUUGCUGCUGCCGGACAUCAGGGCGACUUCUUCAGAAGCAGCUAAACAACCUCCAGACAACAGACACAAUGUUGGGAAACCACAACGAUGCCUGA